UGCUCUGUAUGCUGUUCUGCCUUGGUACGGCCGCCGUUGAUCGGAGCAGCAGCAACUGCCGCCGCAGUUGAUGUGGUUGGGCCGGGGCUGAGGAGGUCGCCAAGAUGCCGCAGUCCAAGUCCCGGAAGAUCGCGAUCCUGGGCUACCGGUCUGUGGGGAAAUCCUCAUUGACAAUUCAGUUUGUUGAAGGCCAAUUUGUUGACUCCUACGAUCCAACCAUAGAAAACACUUUCACAAAGUUGAUCACAGUAAAUGGACAAGAAUAUCAUCUUCAGCUUGUAGACACAGCUGGGCAAGAUGAAUACUCCAUUUUUCCUCAGACAUAUUCCAUAGAUAUUAAUGGCUACAUUCUUGUGUAUUCUGUUACAUCAAUCAAAAGUUUUGAAGUGAUUAAAGUUAUCCAUGGCAAAUUGUUGGAUAUGGUGGGGAAAGUGCAAAUACCUAUUAUGUUGGUUGGCAAUAAGAAAGACCUGCAUAUGGAAAGGGUGAUCAGUUACGAAGAAGGGAAAGCUUUGGCAGAAUCUUGGAACGCGGCCUUUUUGGAAUCUUCUGCUAAAGAAAAUCAGACUGCUGUCGAUGUUUUUAGAAGGAUAAUUUUGGAGGCAGAAAAGAUCGAUGGGGCAGCUUCACAAGGCAAGUCUUCUUGCUCAGUGAUGUGAGCACAACCAGGCGGUCUGAGGACACUGGGACAUAUUCUGCCUGAGGAAGCGGUCCCCGCACCUCUCGGAGAAAACUCUGCUUCUUCUCUUCUGUUAACCUGAGAGACGUCAUUUGGGUUAGAGCCCCUCCCCUUUCAGAUUAUGUUCAACUCUGACUCUGUCCAAAUGAGUUCACUUCCAUUUUCAAAUUUUAAGCAAUCAUAUUUUCAAUUUAUAUAUUGUAUUUCUUAAUAAUAUUAUGACCAAGAAUUUUAUCGGCAUUAAUUUUUCAGUGUAGUUUGUUGUUUAAAAUAAUGUAAUCAUCAAAAUGAUACAUAUUGUUACACUACUAUUAACUAGGCUUCAAUAUAUCAGUGUUUAUUUCAUCGUGUUAAAUGUAUACUUGUAAAUAAAAUAGCUGCAAACCUUAACUCUUUGUGCUUGGCCUGGUGCUCUGGAGCCUUCCCAUGGCCCCAAGGAGCGCAGAUGACGGAGCUGAGUGGCCUUGGCCUAUGAGGGUAGUGACUGCUUACCUUGCAGGGCAGGACCCUAAGCCGUGACUGGAACACUUGGUGGUGGAGCAUUCGAGUUCCCCUUUUGUGUCUCUGAUGCUGGUUGAAGAAAAGGAGCUGUUAUAAAACACAUUUUGUCCAUCUCAGCUUGAUGUCCACGUGAGGAUAGAAUUUAGAAAGUGAUUUGCUUGCUGGUCAUGGUGGCGCACACCUGUAGUCCCAACACGUGAGAGGCU